AUGGCUAUUGAAACCUCGCCCACCCCUGCCCCAGUGGCCGUUACAAACAGCUGUAUCGAUACCAAGAUGAUUGCUAUUCACGCUAAAGAGGCCAAACCAGAGGUGACCGAUGCCACCAAGCCCACCAACGAGAAGGAAAAUACCGAAGAAGGUCUCUUUUCACCCUCUUAUAUUUCUCCUGACGUUGUCGCCUUGCUUCCUGAGAACUAUACUCUUCGCCCACUUCGCCGCUCAGACUACCAGAACGGCUUCCUCGAUGUUCUCAGUGUUCUCACCAAGGUUGGAGAGUUCACUACUGAGCUCUGGAACGAACGAUAUGACUGGAUGGCCAAGCGCAAUGAUGAAUACUACAUCCUUGUUAUCUGUGAUGGAACCGGCCGGGUCGUUGGCACUGGCAGUUUGAUCGUUGAGAGGAAGUUCAUCCAUGCUGCUGGCUUGGUGGGACACAUUGAAGAUAUUGCCAUUGAGAGCAACCAGCAAGGGAAGAAAUUAGGUCUGCGCAUGAUCCAUGCCUUGGAUUACGUUGCUAAGGAAGUCGGCUGCUACAAGUCUAUCCUUGACUGCUCCGAAGCCAACGAGGGCUUCUACCUCAAAUGUGGCUUUAAGCGUGCUGGCCUGGAGAUGGCUCAUUACUACUGA